AUGAGCUCGAUUGACGACGAUUCCAUUGAUGAUGGCAAAGUGGAGAAAGAGGAAGGGAAACAGAGAAACGGCGUGUUGGUUUCUACAUUGGGCAGCUAUCACAGGUUUCUCACUGGACUUGGAUCAGGUAGUGCCUUUGCAGUAGCACCCAUGUAUGUUGCAGAAAUCAGUCAAGCACACAAUCGAGGAAAAUUCGGCAGUGCGAUGGGAGUCCUGAUCACUCUUGGAAUAAUCUACCCCUUCUCCAUUGGACCCCAUCUCUCUAUUCCGAUCUACAGCAUAACUUGUGCAAUUCCCCUGCUAAUUUUCCUGUUCGUUUUCACCAUAUUCAUGCCAGAAUCUCCCUACUACCUGGUGGUUCAGGGAAAGUUUGACGAAGCGGAUGCCGCCUUAAGAAAACUGCGACAACCCGGUUCGGACAUUCGACUAGAAUUGGCGGAAAUAAGGGAAGGUGUUGAACAGGAGAAGCAAAACUCAGCAGGAGUGAAGGAAUUGUUCACUUCUGCAUCUGGGCGCAAGGCGUUGUAUAUUUCCUUCGGCUUAGUGGCUCUGCAGCAAUUUGCUGGCAUCAACCCGCUGAUGGCUUUCAUGAAAACUAUCUAUGAAGCAGCUGGAAGUACCAUCCCGGCAAACACAUGCACAAUUAUCACUGGUUCUGUGCAGGUUUUAUCCAACACAGCCUGUAUCUUCAUGGUGGAAAGGAUGGGGCGAAAAAAACUUCUGCUAAUUUCCUGCAUUUUCUGCUUCCUUUCCAUGACCGUCCUGGGAGUCUACUUUUGCCUUAAACAGAAGGGCUUUGAUGUGCAACCGGUUUUCUGGCUUCCGAUCUUAUGCCUGAUCAUUUAUAUGCUGGUGUUCAGCUUUGGGCUGGGCCCGCUUCCAUGGACCGUAAUGGGAGAGAUCUUCCCAUCCAACAUCAAAGGCGUGGCAUCUGCAAUGUCGUCUACAAUUUCGUUUCUAAGCGCCUGUUUGAUCACGUUUAUCUUCCCGGUGCUAUCGGAGAUUUUGGGAAUGGCCGGCAGCUUCUGGCUGUUCGCGUUCUUCUGCUUCAUCGGCUACUUUUUCGUUUAUUUCGUUUUGUUCGAGACCAAAGGCAAAUCGUUGGCGCAAAUCCAGAAGAUUUUACAGAGGGAGAAUAAUUGAUUGGCUGUUCGUAACAGGGUGCUGCUGGUUUGGUGCCUAUUUCGUUAUGUGAGUUUUUGUAUAAAUAUAUAGAAAUUUUCAAACAAAA